UUAAAAGCCAGCACUUCUAUGUUCUCCUCUUCACGCUUCUGAUCCUUCUGAUAAGAGUCAGCAGAUAUGCUGAAAAAAAUACUUUGAAUAUGCUUCUUCUAUGCAAACCCACUUUCUCCUUCUAAACCUUAUAAAUUCUUUAUGAAUCCUCAGGAAGUGACUUCACAAGCCAGCCUGAAUUAAAAUAACCAAUCGCCCUUGUGAGAAAAGAUCACGUUCCCUUCUAGAUGACAGAAGAUGUUUUACUCAGGUGAUUGAGAUCUGAUCUUAUUCAUGUGCAUGCACUGUAUGUCAUUUGAGAACUUACUGCAUUCAUAAGGAACACCGUUUCUCUGUUAAUACUUAAGGACCGGGAUAUUUUGGGUCAUAUGUGUUUAUAUCACACAUAUGUUGGCAGAAGGAAGCCCCUCCUGGGGGUGUAAUCUGAAGCCGCUGUUGUAUCGGUGAGUCGCAACAGCAGCAGUUAAGUCACUGCAGUCCUCGACCCGCGUUACACACGCGUUCAUCAUGUUUUGACGCAUAAGGACAGCCUGGUGUUUUCAGCUUGCCUUAAAAUGUCGCAAUGCUUGUGGAUAAGAAACAGCUAGCGCGUGGGUAUCUUGGAAGUACUGAAUUCACGAUUGCGAAAGCUUCCUGGUUCUCGUGUAAAACAGCUGUUUGACACCAUCUGCGAAACGCGAACUCGUAGGACGCGACGCGAGGGGGUUUAUUUCGCCAACAGCUCCUUUUUUGGACGCACACAGAACGCGUCUUCCGCCUGUGCGGAGCCGAUGUCUCUCCGUGGGUGACCGUGCGUGGAAAUCAUAAUGUGGCAGCGCGGAUGCCGCUCGGGCUGGACGCGGGCGCGAUGCAUGGACAGCGGGGUCGACCCCGAACGCGAGCGGCUCUGGGCCGAGCUCUUCGAGCAGCUGGAUCUGAACAAGGACGGACGGAUCGACGUGAACGAGCUGCGGAUCGGACUCGCCGCCCGUGGGUUGUCGUGGAGCUCGGUGGAGGAGCAGAUUGUACGAGCUGGAGACGUUAAUCAUGACGGUCAGCUGGAUUUUGAAGAGUUCACUGAAUAUCUGCGCUCACAUGAGAAACGCCUUAAACUCAUGUUUCGCAGCCUGGACCGAAACAAUGACGGUCAGUUGGACGCCGGGGAGAUCCAGCAGUCGUUACACAAUCUCGGCGUGGACGUGACGUUGGAACAGGCUGCCAAAAUCCUGCAAAGUAUGGAUAAAGACCAUUCCAUGACCAUCGACUGGUUCGAGUGGCGAGAUCACUUUCUUUUUAACCCUCUGCACAACAUGGAGGAGAUCGCCCAGUACUGGAAACACUCAGUGAUGUUGGACAUCGGAGAGCAUCUGACGGUUCCAGACGAGUUCUCGGAGAAGGAGAAGCAGUCAGGGUUUGUGUGGCGGCAGCUGAUGGCAGGAGCCGUGGCGGGAUCAGUGUCCAGAACAGGAACCGCGCCGCUCGACAGACUCAAGGUCUUUCUGCAGGUGCACGGCCAGAGCUCUGAUAAGGGUAACGUGUGGCGCGGUCUGCGCGCGAUGGUGAGGGAGGGUGGUCUCACUGCACUGUGGAGAGGGAACGGCAUCAACGUGCUGAAGAUUGCGCCGGAGACAGCCAUCAAAUUCUUAGCUUAUGAACAGAUUAAGCGCUUGAUGAGAGGUAGUAAAGAGGGAGGAACUCUGAAAGUUCAGGAGAGAUUCGUCGCAGGAUCAUUGGCUGGAGCUACGGCUCAAACUAUCAUAUAUCCUAUGGAGGUGCUGAAGACUCGUCUUACUCUUCGUAAAACAGGACAGUAUUCGGGUGUGGCGGACUGCGCCAAGCAGAUCCUACAGAAGGAGGGCAUUUGGGCAUUUUAUAAAGGAUACCUUCCCAACAUGCUGGGCAUCAUCCCGUACGCAGGCAUAGAUCUUGCCGUCUACGAGACACUGAAGAACGCAUGGCUGCAGCGGCACUCGGAGGGAACACCUGACCCGGGCGUCCUGGUGCUGGUGGGCUGCGGCACGGUGUCAAGCACCUGUGGGCAAUUGGCAUCCUACCCGCUUGCCCUCAUCCGAACACGCAUGCAGGCGCAGGCGUCAAUGAAGGGAGCUCCCCAGUUGUCCAUGUUGACCCUCUUCAGGACUAUCGUGGCUCAGGAGGGUGUGGUGGGACUCUAUCGAGGCAUCGCUCCCAACUUCCUGAAGGUCAUCCCGGCGGUCAGCAUCUCCUACGUCGUCUACGAGCACAUGAGGAAAGUACUGGGAGUGGGAACCUGAGACAGAGAAAGAUAGAGACAGGUCACGUGUAUGUAGAAAGAAAAAAACAAUCAUAUCCUUAUUUUGCUGAAAGAUGGACAAGGUCGAAGACUUGUUUAUUUAAGCCUACAAUAUAUUAGAUCACUGGAGUGAUGCUCACCAAAAAAUAAAAGUGGAUGCGAGGAAGAAUGAUGAACUGAAUCAAAACACUGAUAUAUGCAGAAUCUAAGAGGUGCUGUUCUGAUCCAUUACUGAGAUUCAUGAUGUGCUCUUCAUGUGUGUUGUUGGUCAACAGGGCCCUGAUAUUCAGGUAUACAGGGUAAAGCCCUCUGGAUGCGGUAAAAUGAAUGCCUGCGUGUGGGAGACUGUGUGAGCAUGUGCUGUACUGUACUCUGUGUGUGUGUGUGUGUGUGUAUGUGUGUGUGUGUGUGUGUGUGUGUGUUUAACCCAGUGCACACUACUGAACUCCAAAUGGGAAUGGACAAUAAACUAACUUCCUCCCUUUGAACUUGCAGUGCAAUUGAAAGUGCCUCUGUUUUGAGAAACGUAUAUUCAGUAAUACGCCUCUUCUACUGUACUGAAACCCCUGUGUGCUCUGAAAUCACCAUCACAACCAAACAAGAGUUCUAGAAUCCUCAACGGAAGAUUCCGUAACUCAGGUUUAAAGGAACAGUUUACCCAAAAAUGAAAAUUAGCUCCAAAUGUACUCACCUUCAGGCCACCUAUGUUGCAAAUGGGUUUUUAUGGGAACAGAUUUGGAGAAAUGUAGCAUUUCAUGCAGUGAAUGGGUGCCGCCAGAAUAAGAGUCCAAACAGCUGAUAAAAACACCACAAUAAUCCACAAGUAAUCCACACCACUCCAGUCCAUCAGUUAAUGUCUUAAGAAGCCAAAAGAUGUGUGUUUGUAAGACAUUUUUAAAAUGUAGGACAUUUUUAACUUUAAACUGUUGCUUCCAGCUAAAUUAUGAAUCCAUAAUACAUAAAAUUGCUUUCUGCAGUUAAAAAAAAAGUAAUCUCAUCUGCAUCAGGAGAGAAAUAUGCACAGAUCAAUCCGCACAUACCGGCAAAAACUGUCUAGUCCAGUCCAGUCCAAGAUGUUAACUGAUGGACUGGAGUGGUGUGGAUUAUUGUGAUGUUUUUAUCAGCUGUUUGAACUCUCAUUCUGACGGCACCCAUUCACUGCAGAGGAUCAAUUGGUGAGCAAGUGACAAUGCUACAUUUCUCCAAAUCUGUUCCCUUAAAAAAACAAGCCAAUUUACAUCUUAUAUGACUUGAAGGUGAAUACACUGUCAGCUAAUUUUCAUUUUUGGGUGAACUGUUCCUUUAACUGAUUCUAAAAUCCUGCACUGCGUCCUAGUUUGCAUAUUAUUCAACCUAAAUGGUGUUGAAAAACACAAGGUCUUACUCAUUAAACACAUUUCUGUGUAAUUUGAAACUUUUACGCAGACAUUAAAUGUACUUGUGUUUCAUGAAUAAGGCCUUCACAGCAGAUUUUCGUCUAAGCAUGCAUCCAUGCAUGUUUUUUUCCCAGCUCAUGUUGCCUCCCAACUCAGUGUGAAGUUUAUGAUGGUUUUCUCUCGACUGUUCCAGGUAAAGAAAAGUAUCAAGGAAUGCAAGGCAGAACUUGCCACAGCAGUUUUUAAGUGUACUGUAUGUGAUUUUAACAGAAGUUAUUUUAAGGUUAUUCAUUUAGCUAUAUGCUAACACUGGCAAGCAAGCUUACUUCAAACUCAGAAGUACUUUUAAUGCGCACAUUUAGCGUGUAGUGUAGGUAUCUGAAUUGGGACGCAGCCUUGUAGUUCAGUUUAUAUGCUGUUAUCCUCAAUGCAUGAUUUACUGUAGCCUACAGUUUGGAGCAGAAAGCCUUACAGACUUACGGAUGGGAGAGUGUUUGUUUUUGUGUGUUUUUUUUUUUUUUUUACUCAUAGAACAAUAGAACAAAGCAAAAAAAGACUAUUUGAUUGAGUCACUUCUAGGUCAAUGUACUCUGUAUUUUAUCACUGACUGAGGUGAUAUAUUUAGAUUUUGUAUGUGUUACAAUAAAGAUUCCCACACAGAAUCUGCACUUUUAGAUUUCAACAGAAUUCAAAUGUCAUUUAUUCACAAAAUUCUACACAAGUUCAAGUCUCAAAAUUGGAUUUUCCCUUCUUUUAGGUUGUCUGUUAGCACAUCUAUAUGCUAUUGCACUACUAAAUGUUCACAAUGCAAAUGUUUAGCAGGUAUAUGUGACCUUGGACCACAAAACCAGUCUUAAGUAGCACGGGUAUAUUUGUAGCAAUAGCCAACAAUGCAUUGUAUGGGUCAAAAUUAUCAUUUGUUCAUGCCAAAAAUCAUUAGGAUAGUAAAGAUCAUGUUCCAUGAAGAUAUUUAGCAAAUUCCUUACUGUAAUUAUAUCAAAACUUAAUUUUUGAUUAGUAAAAUGCAUUGCUAAGAAGUUCAUUUGGACAACUUUAAAGGCGAUUUUUCUCAACAUUUUGAUUUUGCACCCUCAGAUUCCAAAUUUAAAAAAAAAAAAAAAUAACCCUUAUGACAGGUUUUGUGGCCCAGGGUCACAUAGAUGCAUGUAAAUGUUUUUCUCUUCUGGGAAAACGGACCAAAAAUAUUGAUGACAUCAUCCUGCACUCACAGAGUGUAUCCAAUCAAAUGCUCUCAAGAAUGACCGUGUCCCUCCCACUUAUUCACUGGCUAUUUAAAUAAUAGCAAUUUACUAAAAUAAAUAUGCUUUCUGCUUCCAAUAAACGCAAGUUUAAAAUAUUUACCAUGUUUACGUCCAUUCUGCAAAAAUUUCCCCACAGUUGGUGUGGAAACUGUGAAAAAAAGUUUGCAGAUUUCCAGUGGUUUUGUGUGUAGACAUUAUUACUGUUCUUAUUUUGAUGUUAACAGAAAUCAUGUAUGGUCAUUAUAUAUUUUUUUGAUGUUCUUCUGUGUAUUUUUUCUUUGAAAGGAAACUAAAGUCUAUUACCGAAUGCAUGUAAGAGAAUGUAUGUAAAUUAAAUUAAACACCACAGAAUCUUUA